AUGAAAAGACAAAACCAAAGCUCUGUGGUUGAAUUCAUCCUCUUGGGCUUUUCUAACUUUUCCAAACUCCAAGAGCAGGUCUUUGGGGUUUUCUUGGUGGUUUACCUGGUGACUCUGAUGGGAAAUGCCAUCAUCAUAGUCGUCAUCUCCCUGGAACAGAGCCUGCAUGUCGCCUUGUACCUGUUUCUCCGAAACUUGUCUGUGGUGGAUAUGGGUAUCAGUGUGGUCAUUAUGCCUGUUAUGCUGGUGAUCCUUUCCACUGAGAAGAUGAGGAUUUCUAUUUUGGGCUGCCUUGUACAAAUGUACUUCAUUCUUCUUUUUGGUGUGACUGAAUGUUUUCUUCUGGGGGCAAUGGCUUUUGACCGAUUUGCUGCAAUCUGCCAUCCUCUGAGCUAUCCAGUGAUUAUGAACAAAAGGGUUUUUGUGAAAUUAGUUACAUUCUCAUGGGUCUCAGGGAUCACAGUGGCUACUGUGCAGACCACAUGGGUGUUUAGUUUCCCCUUUUGUGGCCCCAAUGAAAUUAAUCAUCUCUUCUGUGAGACUCCCCCAGUGCUAGAGCUGGCAUGUGCAGACACCUUUUUGUUUGAGGUCUAUGCAUUCACUGGCACCAUUCUGACAGUUAUUGUUCCAUUCUUGUUGAUACUCUUGUCUUAUGUUCGAAUUCUCUUUGCCAUUCUAAAGAUGCCAACAACCACUGGGAGGCAAAAGGCCUUUUCCACCUGUGCCUCCCAUCUCACAUCCGUUACCCUCUUCUAUGGCACAGCCAGUAUGACUUACUUACAACCCAAAUCCGGCUAUUCCCCAGAAACCAAGAAGCUGAUGUCCUUGGCUUACACGUUGCUUACACCUCUGCUGAAUCCACUGAUCUACAGCUUGCGAAAUAGUGAGAUGAAAAGAGCUUUGAUAAAAAUGUGGCAAAGAAAAGUGGAUUUACAUACAUUCUGA